AUGAGUACAAUAAAAUCUUAUAAAUGGUAUUUAGAAAAUGGUUGUGAAAUAGUACCUUUAAAAAGAACAUAUGAUAAAGGAGAGGCUUAUUCUUUAACACUUUUAGACAUCCAAGCUGAUUUUUCUGACGUUCUAAGUGAAGAGAAAAAUAUAGUAAAUGAUGAAAUACUGAUUAAUCAAGGGGAAAAUAUAUUUAAUAUACAGAAAAAACAAUUUACACAAAAGGAAAUAAAUACAUCUCAUAGAGAAAAAUAUGUGUAUGAAAUUGAUCACUUAUGGGCAUAUAUAGAAUGGCAUUACAAUUUUGAGGAUGAAAUAAAGGUUCAAAAAAACUUAGUGAGUGAUGUGAAUAAUCUAAAGAAAAUUCCCAAAUUAUAUGUUUCAGCACACAUAAUUGAAGGAAUAAUUAAUGAAAUGUCUAAAAAUGAAAAUAUAUGUAUUUUAAAAUAUACUGAAUACUCUAAUUUUUAUGAAAAAUAUAACAGUGAAUUAGAAAAUUUAAAAAAAAAAAAAAAAAACAGCAUUUAUAACAUAUGUAACUACAUUUAUGAAGUAUGUGAUAUUGCAGAUAAAUCACUUGUAUUUGCUAACAGUCCUGUAAUUAAUACAACUAUGAAAAAUGUAUUGAGCAUAACAAAGAGUGGGAAGAAAAGAGAAGAUUUUAAUGAGGAAGAAGAAACAGAAAACAUCACGGAAGAUGAAAUAUGGCAAAUUUAUAUAUCUAAUAAAAUAAAAUCCAUAAAUGAUCAGUGGUUAUUAAUUUCUAUUAAUGAGGAAUUAAAAGAUAUAAUAAACAAUUCAGGAGAUAUAUAUUUUAAAAUUUUUAAUAGAUACAUAAAAGAGCAUAAUGAUAUUAUAAAAUCUCAUGAUUAUAAUAUAACGGAAAAAAACAGUAAUAGCAAUAAUUCAUUUAAAAGAAGCAGUCGAAAUAAUAUUUUUGAAUUAAAUAAUCAAAAUAAUCAUUUAAAUUUAAAUAAAUUAAAUAAAUACAAGGUUAAUUUAAUUUUUUCAGAAAAUAAGGAUAUUAAUUAUAUUUUAUAUAAGUUAUGUUUAAAUUUAGGGAAAAUGAAUGAUGCCGUCUUAUGUACAAAAAACAAAACAUACAAUAUUUUAUUAAAUGAUAUUGAUGGAACAUUAGCAAUUUGCCUUAAAUCAUUUUUUUCUAAGUAUUAUAAAAAUACUCCUAUGGAUAAUAUAAAUUCUUCACAUUGCAUUGAAGCAAAUCAAAAUGGAUUAAAUAGAAAUAAUUUUUUUUAUAAAGAAGAAGAAUUAAUAAAAACCUUAUCAAUUAUGGGACUAUGUAAAGAAAAAAUUAUUUUAACCCAAAAAGCGACAAUUUUUAAUAACGUAGAAUUGUUAUUUUCUUAUUAUUUGUUAGUUCAUAAUGAAACUUUAAACAAUAGUGAUGAUGAGGAUGAUGAUGGCAUAAUUUAUAUUAGCAAAAAAGCACUUUUCGAAAAUUUGCAAUUCUCUAAUGAGGAAAUUAGUAGUUAUUUAUUACACUUACAAAAAUAUAGUAAUAACAACUUAUUAUACAUCAAAAAUAAAGGGUUUCGGUAUAUUAAAAGUGAAAUUGUUUAUGAAUUUUUAAUUAAAAUGAUAGAAUUAAUAAGCAUUAAUGAUAAUUUAUAUGAAUAUCAAUAUGUGGAGAAAAAUAAAAUGAAGAAUAAUCUUUUUAUGAAAUAUCAAGAAGAUUUACAUAGAGUACUAAAGAAAAGGUAUGGAAUAACGUUUUUAAAUUUAUUUAAUUUAAUUAAUGAAAAUUUAAAUGAGUUUGAGUUUUUAAAAAACAAUAAAAUACCAAUUGAAAAAUAUGUGAUAUUACAAAUGUGCUUAAAAUCUUGUGAUAUAGAAAAUAAGUAUUUUGAAUAUUUUAAUAUAUAUUAUAAUUAUUACUUUUUUUAUGAGUAUUUAAAUAAAAAUUCAAACGAAUUAACUUUUGAAGACAUAUAUGAAAAUUAUUUUGAUUUUUUGCAUAAUGAUAAUUAUAUUAACGAUACUAUAAUAUAUUUUAAUUUAUUUAAGUUACACAAUAUCAUGUCAUUAAAUAUUUUAAGGUCAAGUGGCAAAGUAGCCAUUCAUUCGGAUAAAUUAUUUACUUUUGAUAUGGAGAUGCCAACAUACAUUAAAUAUAUUGAUGAAAUUUUCCGAAAUUUUAAUUCAAAUUUAAUGGACAAAAUAAUACAAAAUUUCAUCAAAAGUUAUCAAUUUUUUUUAGAUUAUGGAUAUGAUAAAGGAAAGAAAAAUACGAACAGCAUUGAUGAAAAUAAAAAUAAGGAUCAUAUGCAUAAUAACGAUAUAAAAAAUGAGCACAUAUUGAACAAUGAUAAAUAUCAAAAUAGGGUGUUUUUUGGAGACAAUAUAAUUCUAAAUGUUAAUAAUAUAAGUCAUAUAUGUAAUGAUAAAUAUAUGUUUCAGUAUUUUAUUGUUGUUAAAUAUUAUUAUAAUGAAAAUAGCUUUUCUUUAUUAGAAAAAAAACUAAAAAAGUUUAUAAAAACAGUGGAAGAUGAUUUUACUAAUUUCCACAUAAAGUCUCAUACAAGUGAUAUACAUGAAAAAUUUAAAACAAAUUGGGAAAAAUUAAAAAGUAAUUAUUGUUUAAAUUAUAAAAUUUUUAAAUAUCAGACAGUAUCUUUUCCUCAUAUAAGGUUGAAUAACAAUUACAACGAUCUUUUGAGUUCCGUAUAUACUCCACUAUCAAUUCAUUUCUCUAUAUUUCAUGAAAAUGUAAUUUAUAAUCAAAAGAAAAAUUAUUUUCAAUUAAUUCCUUCCUUUUUACUAAAAGAUAAUUUAAGGAGUUGCUUGACAGCUUUAUUUACUUUUAAAAGUUCUUACUAUUCCAUAGAAUUUUAUCCUUUUUUAAAUCCAUUAUUGAAUAAUAAGGAUUUGAUUGGAACAAUAGCUGUUCCUCCUUUAAGACAUUGUAGAACAAAAUUAAUUGAAAAGGAAAACGAAAAAAAUAUGGAAUUUUUAGAAACAGGAAACAUACUUUUUUCAACUUUAAAUGAUAACAUAAAAAAUUAUAAGAACUCUGAUAAUUACAACAAAAAAUUUGUUGAAAAAUUAUGUAAAUUGUAUAAUUGCAACUUGCCUGUUAAUAAUUUUUCAAUGUGA